AUGAAAGUAUAUAAAGACGUUUUUACAAACGAUGAAGUAUGCUCAGAUUCAUACAAUCAAGAACACCCAUUUGGAAAUGCAGAUUUUGGUGAAAUUGCUUUUGAAGUAAAAUCAAAUAAAAGAAUAAAAGGGAAUGAUGAUUAUGGUAUUGCUGACAAUAGUGAAGAGGCAGUAGAUGGAAUGGGUGCUGAUGUAGAACAAGUUAUUGAUAUUGUUGACUCCUUUCAAUUAACAUCAACUUCUUUGAGUAAAAAAGAAUAUAGUGUUUAUAUAAAGAAUUAUAUGCAAAAGAUUCUUAAAUAUUUAGAAGAAAAAAAGGCUGAUCGCGUAGAAAUUUUUAAAUCGAAAGCUCAACCACUAAUUAAACAUAUUUUAACCAAUUUUGAUGACUUUGAAUUUUACAUGGGAGAAUCUCUUGAUAUGGAUGCCGGCUUGAUUUAUUCAUAUUAUAAAGGUGAGGAAGUUACUCCACGUUUUGUUUAUAUCACAGAUGGAUUAUACGAAGAAAAGUAUUAA